AUGUCUGUUUUUACAUCUAACCCUAGAAACGGUGGCAAUGUUGCCUCCUCACUCCUCCAUGCCCCUCACUCUCAUCCCUCCCGUGACUCGCCCCUCACCCCAUUCCCCAUUUCGCCCACCCCUCGUCCCUUUCGCAUUCAUCCUUAUUCCUCCUGCGCUGAUCCUUUUUUCUCCCUGCUCACCUCUCAAUCCACCACCGUUCAUCCCUCUCUGCACUUAUCUGUCAUUCCCCUUGUUCCCUUAAUUCCCCCCCGUGCUCUCCCGUCAUACCCCCUGCGCUCACCCUUAUUCUCCUUGUGUUUAUCCCUCAUUCCCUCUGCGUUCCCUCAUUUCCCCUGCAGCUCUCACCCCUUGUUCCCCCUGUAUUCAUCCCUCAUUCCCCCUGUGCUCACCCUUCCCCCUUCCCGCAUCCUUCCCUUCUGCACUCAUCCCUUCCCUAUUCCCGCACCCUUUCCCCUUCGCCUAUCAUUCACCCUGCCUUACCCUCAUCCCCCCUGCGCUCAUCCUUCAUCAUCCCCCCUGCGCUCAUCCUUCUUCCCACCUGCGUCCAUCCCUCAUCCCCCCUGCGCCCAUCCCUCAUCCCCCCUGCGUCCACCCCCCAUCCCCCCUGAGCCCAUCCCUCAUCCCCCCUGCGCCCAUCCCUCAUCCCGCCUGCACUCAUCCCUCAUCGCCCCUGUACUUAUCCCCUUCCCCCUGUGUUCAUCCCUCAUCUCAUCCCCUCCCUCCUGCGCUCAUCCCCUUCCUCCUGUGUUCAUCCCUCAUCCCCCCUGUGCUCCUCACCAAGCCUUUCCCCUGCACUCAUUCCUUAUUUGCCUUGUGCUCAUUCCUCAUUCUCUCUGUGUUCAUCCCUCCUUCCCUUUGCUCUCAUCCCAUUCUCCUGCACUUGGCCUCAUCUCAUCGACAACUUCACGACUGCCAGGGCAAGAGAACAGGGGGGAGGGAGUGAUCAUUCAAGUCAAGCAGUCAACAGUGGCGCCUCCUCCACGUCCUUGUGUGCUUUCUUCCUCCAAAAGAAUAUGGGUAGUCGCGGCCGCGAGGCAAUAG